UGCAGAAGGAUGGGUCUGCUCCUGAAGAUUUUCAUCCCCUUGCUGGGACUGGCGCUGGCCCUUUAUUUUUAUUCAGCACCCGAGAAUUUCAACGAAGAGAUGCUCCGGGGGAAACGGGUGAUCGUGACGGGAGCCAGCAGCGGCAUCGGGGAGCAGAUGGCGUAUCACCUGGCGCGCAUGGAGGCCCACCUACUGCUCACGGCGCGGACGGAGGCCAAGCUGCAGAAAGUUGUGGAGCGGUGCCUCGAGCUGGGUGCCGCGUCCGCCCGCUACGUGAGCGGCUCCAUGGAGGACACCACGUUCGCCGAGGUGGUGCUGAGGGAGGCUGAGAACACCUGGGGGGGCCUCGAUAUGCUCAUUCUGAAUCACAUCGGUUACAGCUACUUCAACUACUUCAACGGGGACGUUGGGCACGUACGAAAGCUCCUGGAGAUCAACUUCCUCAGCUACGUGGCGAUGACGACGUCUGCCCUGCCCAUGCUGAAGGAGAGCGAGGGCAGCAUCGUUGUGGUUUCGUCCGUGGCGGGUAAAAUUGGUAGCCCAUUUGUUGCUCCCUACUCUGCUACUAAGUUCGCCUUAGACGGAUUUUUCAGCUCCUUGCGACAUGAAUUCAUCGUAGACAAGGUCAACGUCUCCAUCACACUCUGCAUCCUGGGCUACAUCGACACGGAGAGCGCGGUGCGGGCGGUCUCGCACGCCAUCCGGGACACGCCGGCGCCCAGGGAGGAGUGCGCGCUGGAAAUCAUCAAGAGCGGGGUGCUGCGCCAGCGGGAGCUGCACUACCCCCCCCGGGCGGUGGGCAGCCUGCUCCUCCUGCGGGCCAUAGCCCCCGACUUCCUCGACUCCCUCGUCAGGAGCAACUAUAACUUGGAAAACAUCAGAAGAACGUAGCCCCCAGACACCUUGGGCCAGGCACGAGGGAUUCGGGUGUUAAUCCAGCUGCUCGGGUGCCCUUCUCCAUCCACCGGCGCAGCCCCACGCUGAUGCACCCUGGAUGCACCAGAAGCCUACACCACACCGCAUCAAAACGUCCUUUUUAGUAACGAACUCUUGCAACUGUUUUUUUCCGACCAAGAGGCACUUCAGAGAAGCGCCUGGCAGCAGGAUCUGCUGCCAGUGUCCAGCUCACCAGCAGGUUUUCCUGCUCAACCUCCAGAAACUGUUUCCCCCCCCCGAAAGCCACGCGGGCAGCGGUGCUGAGCACUGCGGGACGCGAGCCGAGCCACGGCCCAGAACGAGGAUUUGGGCCAAGCAGCACAAGCCACCCAAAGCCACGAGAGCGUCUUUGAACAGGGAAAUUUUUUGUCAUGUAUCCAUUCU